AUGUUGGAUAUUCAAUCCCUUUAUUUGAACUUUGCCAAAAAGUUCCUUAUCUCUGAUCAUUUGAGUUCGUUCCUGACUUUUGUAGACGAUUUACCUCUUCAUGCUAAUUUUUCCUGUGAGGAUGUGCUAAUAAUGUUUCUUUCUGAUGCUCCUUUUUUAAAGAUUAACAAUAAUGUGAUAGAAUACGAAGG